UUCGGCGAUCUCAUUCCUUCAGAGAUCGUAUAGUGGGCUCGGCCUCGUCUUAAGUAAGACGAAACCCUGGGCUGGGCUGGGACCCUAUAACGGCUCUUUUCUGCUGUUUAGAUCCAGCCUAAUCCCUGUUGCUGUUUUCUGGAGAUUACACAAGUCUGAGGUUAUAGUUUAAUUCUCCCCCGUCUUAGUUGGCGUACAUCAAGGCCACAUACCUGCUUUCGACGACCUGGUGUAGCCCCCACAGCUGAAUAUGGAGGCCGAAUUACCAACCAAGAAAGAUGAUUUCGAUCUCGAGCGGAACGAAGCGCAUCAGUUCUUGAUGAACAACACUGUUCAAAGCUUCGCCUGGAGUGAUCUACGAGUCACAGUCAAGGACCGUCGAACAAAACUCCCUCGACAACUCAUCGAUGGCAUCAGUGGCUCAGUCCAGCAAGGAGAGCUGGUCGCACUGAUGGGACCGUCAGGAUGUGGCAAGACGACCCUCCUUAACGUCCUUGCUCGGCGUGUAGCAUCCUCGGGCGCAACAAAAACGGGAGAGUGCUAUGUUAAUGGGUCGGCAAUGGAUAACACCACCUUUGGACGACUCACGUCCUAUGUGGAACAAGAAGAUGCCUUGAUUGGUUCAUUGACUGUCCAGGAGACAUUGAAGUUUGCAGCCGAUCUCUCUCUUCCAAGUUCCGUCUCCAAGUCGCAACGGGCAGAGCGCAUUCGCACUUUGUUGGAGGCCUUCGGUAUUCAGAAUCAGGCCUCAACGUUGGUUGGCACUCCAAUCCGCAAGGGCAUCAGCGGUGGGCAAAAACGGCGAGUCAGUGUCGCUAGUCAACUGAUCACCUGUCCGAAGAUCUUGUUCCUGGAUGAGCCUACCAGUGGUCUGGACUCAACUGCCAGCUUUGAAGUCAUUUCCUACAUCAAGAAACUGGCCGUGGCAAAUAAUCUGAUUAUUAUCGCCAGCAUUCACCAACCAUCAUCAACCACUUUCCAACUCUUCGAUAAGCUGCUUCUGCUAUCAGGCGGACAGACCUGCUUUUUCGGCCCUGUUACUGGUGUGCCGCAUUAUUUCGACCGACUUGGUCAUCCUGUCCCGCCGAACACAAACCCAGCGGAGUUCAUUCUCGACCUGAUCAGCGCCGACUUUGGCAGUGGUACGCUCGAUGCGCCGGAGGAUCAAGUGGAGGAGAUUUGCGCGGCUUGGCAACACUCUGCGGAGCGUAAAGCAUUGAGCGAGCAGCUAUCACAGGACUUGGGAGGCCAUGAGAAGGGCUUCAGCAAGGUGGACAUUGCGGAGCUCGGUCAUCCGGGGAUGUUCAGUGUUAUCGUAUCCCUCUUGCACCGCGCCUUCAUCAAGAGCUACCGUGACAUUGUGGCAUAUGGAAUCCGUAUUGUUAUGUAUAUGGCACUGGCCAUAAUGGUGGGAACUGUGUGGCUGCGUUUGCACACUGAACAAGCCUAUAUCCAGCCAUUCAUCAACUCAAUAUUCUUCGGCUCCGCGUUCAUGAGUUUUAUGGCCGUUGCAUACGUCCCUGCCUUCCUGGAAGACCUAGCAACUUUCACCAAGGAGCGUGCGAACGGUCUCUACGGCUCAUUUCCAUUUCUCGUGUCCAACUUCAUUAUCGGCCUCCCUUUUCUCUUCCUCAUCUCCCUCCUCUACUCCGUGAUCGCCUACUGGCUCAACAACCUCACUCCAACCGCCACGGCGUUCUUCACCUGGAUCAUGUGGAUUUUCCUCGACCUCGUGGCCGCCGAGUCCUUGGUAGUUUUCGUCUCCUCCAUCUUCCCCAACUUUGUCAUCGCUUUAGCCCUAGUCGCCUUCGCCAACGGACUCUGGAUGGCGGUGGGUGGGUUCCUGGUGACCAACACCAUCCUGAAUCCAUUCUGGAAAUAUGUCUUCCAUUACAUCGAUUAUCAGGCCUACGUCUUCCAAGGCAUGAUGGUCAACCAAUUCUCCGACCGCAUCUUCGCCUGCGCCGCCGACUGCACCUGCAUGUACCAGACCGACCUGGCCGCGCAGUGCCAGAUCCGGGGCACGGGCGUGCUGCACGAAUACGGCUACGCCACCGGCCGCACCGGCAAAUGGGUCGGGAUCCUGCUGGGGAUCAUCGCCGUGUAUCGAUUAUUCGGGUACCUGGCUCUUGUGUUUCUGAGACGGUAGACUUUUGCAGGAUGUGUGCGUGCAUGCGGUAUAUACUUCGACACUUUGUUUGGGGGAGGGGUCUCUGGGUGUGUGGU